AUGAGUGACACGCAAGAUUCACAGAACGAAACGGAAAUGCAGACUGUCCUAUCCAAUUUCAUUCCGGACAUCGGGCAUAUAGAGUCGACUGACAACUACUAUGAAGGUAUAUGCAGUUCAGAUGAUAAAACAAACGUGGACGAUGAGAAAGAUAUAGAAGUAGAUGUCACCGAAGAAAUAGAUAACCGAAAUGACUUUAAGGAAUCUACUAGUCAUCCGAGUAACGGCGUUCGAAACCAAGAGAAUAAUGAAAGCAGAGAUUCUUUAGAAUCCUGGCAUCCGCACGUAUAUGGUAAACCUCCAAAGAUGCCCACACCACACACAAUAGAAUAUAUCCUUGGUUUGAGUAAGGAUGACUCCAAGAAGACUGUUAGUUCGUUAAUGAGUGUGAAAAGGUUUGGUCACGAGAAAGACACUAAAUUAGUGCAGAAUAGAUUGCAGGAACAAUUGCUGCAGAGGAGUAGGAAUAGUGAUAGUGCUUAUGUGAAAGAUGAACCGUUGAAUCUGUCUGUGCCCAAGACGUGGAGUGACGAAGAAAAGUUCAACAAAGAAACGAAAUUAAUUAAGCGCAAGAAAUCCACCGAUGAUGUGCGUUCUCCUCUCGGCGGGGAAGGGUCAAUGACCAGCGAGGAAGGAGAGGAUCCAGGUGCAGCUAGGCGGAAGAAGGCCAGGACUACCUUCACUGGGAGGCAGAUUUUUGAGCUGGAGAAACUGUUCGAAGUCAAGAAGUACCUGUCGUCUGGAGAAAGAGCUGAUAUGGCGAAAUUACUCAACGUUACUGAAACUCAGCUAACAAGGGUCGCGUGUUUGCUUCCCAAUUUGGGAGUCAAUUAUCACUGGGUUGCUAACGACGACAAAACCCCGGAUUUAAUAGACUUUUAUGCUACUAUUACUAUUUUGUAG